GCAUUUCCUGGCAGAUUGGCUUGCUGUAAAACACAUUGCAUUUGUUCCAUUUCAAAGUGUGAGUUCAGACGAAGCCCAUUCAAAAGCCUAUUUUUUAUGUAAACAAUAGUCAAUAAAUUUUAUUUUAUAUUUUACACGAAUACAAAUCACGAAUGUGUUAAAUUAUGCUGAUACAUUGUCAACAUGCUACUUUGCAAGCUUCUUUUGUAGGCUGAAAUAAUUCAGACAAACAGUAAUAGUUUUAUAUUUGACAAGCUGAGAUCAUCUAGUGGAUUUAUAAACCACUGCAGUCUCCUUUCUGUCACCACCAUCACAUCUGAUGUACUGAUUCCCUGAUUUCAUUGCAUUUUAAUAAAUGUUUGACGGUGUUGACAAAAAGUGGGGACACAACUCUGAAACCUUAUUAAACAUGCAUGUGUCACUGAAAAACAAUCUUGUUUUGAUAUGAGAUAUUAUUAAGUGUUACUUAAUCAUUAAAAAAAACAUUUUUGUCCAUAGCAUAUGAAUGAUUGAACCCUUCUCUGUGGACACAUUGUUUUAGAUGUAGUGAGAAGACAAUAAGUGUCAUAGAUUUCACAUAAUAAUGACAAAAUUAAAUUGAAGGGGAUAAUUGUGUUAAAUACAUUCUAUUAUUAAUCCCCUUAACAUUUAGAAUUGAAAAUAUUUUUAUUUUUUAAACCUGAUAGCAGUUACAAUUGCUGGACAUGUUUUGUCCCAUGUCUCAAGAAUGACUGAAAUAUAAUAUGAUUAAAUAGAUUAUCGUAUGAAUAGUAGAUUAUUUUCAACCUGAACAAAUACAUAUUAAAUGAUAAACUUCAAAAGGGAAUUUCAGGUCUGGUAAGAGUUUAACCACACCGGUAAACAACGUGAUUAGUUUUGUUUAACUGCUUUAAGAGCACAAUCAAGACUUUUUCUCCUAGUUACACAAAAUGGACAUCAAAAGAGUGAUGACUGAUGUACUUGAGGAUCUUGUGGAUAAAGAGCUCAAACAAUUCAUCUGGCAGCUGUGUAAUAAUGUGACGGCAGGCAUUGAGCCGAUUCCUCGAGCAAAGCUUCAGACCUCUGAUCGUGAGGAUGUGGUGGACUGCAUGGUAAAGCAGUAUCCCGAUGAUGCAGGGAAGAUCGCAGUCCAAGCGCUGCACAACAUGAAACAAAAUGAGCUUGCAAAGCGCCUUGGAUUAAAACUUCAGGAAGUUCAGCAGCCUGUGCAGGAGGAACCAAGAAAUAAUCCAGAGUCUAUGGAGCUGCAGCCCAUCCAGUCUGACUGGCACAGACCAUACAGCAUUACUGCAUGCAGCCAACAAUUUAAGCACAUACUUCUUACACAAGAGAUAAAUGAUGUUUAUAUGCCAGCAAGCAGUUCUUGGAGGAAAGGCUCAGCUCUGCUAAUCAACAACAUUAAAUUUGACCAUAGUGAAUACAACAGGCAAGGGGCAGAGAUAGACGAGGCGAACAUGGAGUGGCUGCUGAGAGCUUUGGGUUACAGUGUUGAGAAACACACAAACCUCUCUGGAAAUGCAAUAAAUAGAGCAGUCCAGAACUUCUCUAAACGUCAUGAACAUCGAGACUCGGACAGCACCUUUGUGGUCAUCAUGUCCCAUGGGGACAGAUUUGACAAUAAAGAUGCCAUUUUAGGUGCCCAUUAUCAUGAGAGGAAGAACCCCAAUGAUAUCUUCUUUGUUGAGGACAUUUUCUCCCAUCUGAACUCAGUCAGUUGUCCUGCUCUGAUUAAUAAACCAAAGGUUAUUCUAAUUCACGCCUGCAGAGGAGGUGAAGAUGGAGGUGUGUAUGUUAGUGACAGUGCAUUUGAAUCAGACUCCUGGGUUCACAAGGAGAAAGACUUUGUCUGCUUUAUGUCCAGCCUCCCUGAGAUUGCGGCGUACAGGGAUCCUGCCAAUGGAAGUUAUUUCAUCAAUUACAUUGUGGAUGUGUUCACCACAAGCGCUCAUAAAUAUGACAUUAUGGAGUUGUUCAGGAGGAUUGCCUCACGCAUGGAGAAUGACACACGUUUCACAUGCAAGAAGCAACUGUUGCCGUGUAUUGAAAGGACGACCCUUGUAAAGAAAUUCUACCUGUUUCCUGGACUCUAAUGAUGUGAAAUCAGUUUAGAGGAAGAAAGGUGAAUAGGGUAAAAACUAUAUAGAAACAUCACCAUACUUCCUCAGUUGAGUGAUCACAGUACAUUAAGAGAAUUGUCUUAUGUUUCAGGUUUUUUUAAAAUGUUGUUUAAACGUGCAGUUGAGGCAUUAUCUAAAUACGUGUGCAUUUACAUAAGUUUUGUAAU